UAAAUAACUAUUCAAAAUAUUUAGAACUCGAGCCACAAGUCUACAGAUUUCUACGGCAUAAAAUUGAAAUGUUAGUGAUAAAUUUAUGAAGUGUUGUAUUUAUUUCAGAAUAAUGGCUCCAAGGAAGGAAAAGAAGAGCUCCGCUAUUGGAGAGGUCGUCACCAGGGAGUAUACCAUCAACCUGCACAAGCGUCUCCAUGGUAUUGGAUUCAAGUACAGGGCACCCAGGGCCGUCAAGGAGAUCAAGAAGUUUGCUGAGAAGCAGAUGGGAACUGUAGAUGUGAGGAUUGAUACCAGGCUCAACAAAGCUAUCUGGGCUCAGGGAGUCAGAGGAGUUCCAUUCAGAAUGCGCGUGAGGCUGGCCCGUAUGCGUAACGAGGAUGAAGACUCCGUACACAAGCUGUACACUCUCGUCACCCAUGUCAACGUACCCAAGAACGGCUUCAAGGGACUCCAGACCGAGAACGUCGAGACCUCUGAAUAGACCGGCGGCCGCUGAAUAUACGGUUCUGCCGGAAACUCUUGUUAAACUUUGAGAAUAUGAUGAAUAAAUCUCGAAACCAAAAA